CCUCUCCCUCUCUCCUGCCCCUCUCCCUCUCUGCUCUCCCUCUCCCCCCCGCGAUGUUGCCGGAGCGGUUGCGGCGUUGCGGUUGUCCGGCUCUGGUGCUGCUGCUGUUCCUGGUGGCGGCGGCUGUGCUGUUGGGGACUCUGACCCGCAACGGGCGCUGUCCCGCACCGCACAGCUACAGACACGGCGCCGUGGCCGCUGACUCUCCGCUCUGCUCCCGCAUCGGCAGUGAUACCCUGCAGCGGGGCGGCUCGGCAGUCGAUGGCGCUAUUGCUGCUCUGAUUUGCGAUUCUCUGAUGAACCCCCAGAGUAUGGGCAUCGGGGGCGGAGCCAUCUUCACCCUUUAUAACGCGACAACAGGCAAGGUGACAGUGAUAAACGCCAGAGAGACGGUCCCUCAGAACGUCAGAAGAAACCUCCUAUCAGACUGUCAUCCACAUCGCUCACUGCAGCCAGGUGUGCAGUGGAUCGCGGUGCCCGGUGAGCUCCGAGGCUAUGAGCUUGCUCACCGGCUGCAUGGCAAACUGCCCUGGAGAUCACUGUUCGAGCCGUCCAUCACCCUGGCCCGGCAAGGCUUCCCGGUGCCGCGCUACCUCAGCAUGAUCUUAAAGCAGCUUUUCUUAAGGUUUCCCUACAUCCGCAACACAUCUGUGUGCUCGGUGCUGUGUAAGGACGGGGAGCCUGUGAAGGAAGGGGAGACGCUGCGUUUGCCAGUCCUCGCUGACACCCUGACCACCAUCGCCCAACUUGGUGCUGAUGCCUUCUACCAGGGACCAAUAGCAAAGAAGCUGGUCAAUGACAUCCAGGCAGCAGGAGGCAAUCUUACAGCUGAAGAUUUGAAGAGUUACCACAAGGCUCAUCAGAUGGAGCCACUCAACAUUUCCUUGGGGGAAUAUCAGCUGUUCUCCCCACCCCCACCCUCAGGGGGAGUUGUUGUCAGCCUGAUCCUCAACAUACUGAAAGGCUAUGGGUUCAGUCCUGACUCUCUGUCGGAGAGCGAGAAGGUACAGACUUACCAUCGGGUCAUCGAGGCCUUAAAGUUUGGAAACGGACAACAAUUCAGCCUCCAGGACUCGGCCUUCCACAACAUGAGCAAGGUGACCAGGCUGCUGACUGAUGGCUUUGCGGCUGAGCAGCGAGCGAGGAUCACAGACCAGUCACAGCCCCCGCAAUAUUACAGCCUGAGUGACUCCCGGCCCGACACCUACGGCACCGCCCACAUCGCGGUGAUGGACAUCAAUGGCAAUGGCGUGUCUGUCACCAGCAGCAUCAAUCACCUGUUUGGCUCUAUGUUUGUGUCGGAGACGACGGGUGUGAUCCUCAACAACCAACUCGCGGACUUCUGUCUGGACCGGGGGGAGCCGAUGCAACCAGGGGAGCAGCCUCCCUCGGCUAUGACCCCAGUGGUGUUGACGACUGGUGAUGGACACUCAGUGCUACUGGUGGGGGCUUCGGGGGGCAGCAUGAUCAUCAGUGCCGUCACCCAGGUUGUGAUGAACAAGCUGUGGUUCGGGUUGGACAUGAAGCAGGCGAUUGAGGCGAAAAGGUUUCACGUGAAAUCAUCCAACGAGGUGCAGUUUGAGGAGCAAUUUGAUAAGACAGUCAUUAGGAAACUCGAAGAACGGAAGCACAAGGUUGUGAAACCUGAGCUAUUGCUGCCUAUUGUUCAGGGAAUUUUCCGGAAUCAGGGUUGUAUCCAGGCCGUGUCCGACAGCCGAAAAAUGGGGGAUUCAGAUGGAUACUAGUGAGAGGGAGAGAGAGAACAAGAGGGAGAGCGAGAGGGAGCCACACAGCAAUCACACACAGCCAUAUUGCAAUCAUACAUAUCCACAUGUGAUAAUCAGACAAACAUGCUGAGCCUGUUUAGGUUUUAUCCUUUUUGUUGAUCAGUCAGUGUUUGACACACAAAAACACAGAGGCAGAAUUCAGACUAAUCCUCGCGGUUCCUUGUUAAUCGGCAUCGGUGUAAUUAACCUGUUCCUUAAUCAGGAAUGUCUCACACAAUAUCCUAUUUUUCUUCAAUGACUGAAAAUGGCUGUUUCUCUAUUGACUGAAGUGUUGUCGUCGUCGUUACGAGAUGGUGACCGGAUGAUACACACAUGUACAUUAUUACUAUGAUGGCAGAAUUUAUUUUAAACUGUGAACUUUUUAUGUCUAUUUUCAUACAAUAAAUUAAAACAUCUGUUUUG